UCUCCCUGCUAAUGCAUGGAUGUUGUCUUACAGUGUACCCCCUUCAUUCCCGAAGCCCGAGCCAUGCUUGACCUGGUCGACCAGUGCCCGGAACACGUCCAGAAAGGCAAGUUCCCAGUCAUUGUCAUCGAAGGACUGGAUGCCACAGGUAAAACCACUGUGACCCAGUCAGUUGCGGAUUCACUCAAGGCUGUCCUCUUAAAGUCACCACCUGAUUGCGUCAGCCAGUGGAGGAAGCUCUUUGAUGAUGAACCAACUAUCAUUAGAAGAGCUUUUUACUCUUUGGGCAAUUAUAUUGUGGCUUCCGAAAUAGCCAAGGAAUCUACCAAAUCUCCUGUGAUUGUAGACAGGUACUGGCACAGCACCGCCACCUACGCCAUCGCCACCGAGGUGAGCGGGGGUGUGCAGCACCUGCCCCCGGCCCAUCACCCCAUCUACCAGUGGCCGACGGACCUGCUCAGACCCGACCUGGUCCUGCUGCUCACCGUGAGCCCCGAGGAAAGGAUGAAGAGAAUCCAGGCCCGCGGCAUAGACAGGACCAGGGAGGAAGCUGAACUGGAGGCCAACAGCAUCUUUCGUCAGAAGGUAGAAGUGUCCUACCAGCGGAUGGAGAUGCCUGCCUGCCUCGUGGUUGACGCCAGUCCCUCAAGAGAAGAGGUCCUCCGGGCGGUGUUAAGCCUAAUCCAAGAUAAUUGUCACUAAUCGUGGCUACUCGGGGCCAGGUGGCACAUUUUCCUGGAUUUGGUGUUUGAUGCACAGCAGCCCCCAACUGGUUGUGUAGUUCCCAGACUUCUGCUUCCUAAGCCUGUCGUGUGGCAGAAAAUUCGAGACUGGACCUCUCACUUUUACCUCAGCCAUCGUGCUUGCUUCUGACUGAUGGACCCGUCCAGGUGGAGACUGGUUCGUGUCCCAGUGGGGGCCUAGUGGUUGCUUUCUGCCUAGCAUAAUCAACAUUUGUUUGGGACGCAUUUUUAACUAAAUCCCUACCAAAGGCCUCCAAGGUUUUCUCAUCCAGCAAACACGAGGUGCACACAAGCAACCAGAAAUACCUUCCAAGUCGGCAGACGUCUCCCCGCCUCCCCGCCCCCCCAGCCUUUCCCAGGCCCACACCUGGUCAAUGACACCUUGAAGUGGUCAGCGUUCACUUCUUCCAACUCCUAGAGCCACGCGCUCCUGGGGAACAUGUGUGUGUGUCCUGGCUGAGGGAAGACACUCCCACGGAGCCGUCUUGUAGGUGGGGAUGCUGUCGCCGGAGGCAUCUGCCUUGCACGAGCAGCUCACAGUCCUGAAGGGGUCCUCUCGUUAGCACUUCAGAGUCAGAGACAGCCAACCCAAGAAAUCCGACGUACAGAUCUACCAACCUCAUUUGAAUUACAUGCUGCUGAUUUAUAUUCCUGUCCUUCCCUCAGAAUAUAAUGAGUGUUUUGCACUGAAUUACAAGCUUUAAACUUACGUCGAUGUUUCCAUCGCGUUUUUGCACAUUGUAGGGGCUUUGCUUCACUAAUGAAAAUGGAAGCCAAGAAGCUAUUGUAGUGCUUCUUGUGCAUUUUCACUCCGCAGAUUUCACUAAUCUUACUAAA